GUUAAUAUGCGAUGCAUAUGGCGUCACUGGUCAUCGAUGAUCCUCGUGACACCCAACGUGUUAAAUGAAUUCAGUGUAUUUGAAUGCCUGUUUUUAAGUCAUUUUUUUCAAUUGUUUUCUGAGCUGCAUUCGGGUUGAAUGACGCACAUGAAUUGGAACAAAUUUUUCACCGGUACAACGGACGAUGAUCAUCAAAACGAUAAAGAUGAAACGGAAUCGGAUGAUGAAGAAGACAUUACUGGUAGCAAUGCAACUGCAUCCACUGAUAAAAAGCCAUACUUUCUUGGAAUAGGUUUCCAUAAAUUUUCGUCUAAUCGUUUGUCAAAACGAUGCAUUAAAUUUGUCUUUAUAGUGCUCAACUCGGCAAUGUUUCUUGCAGGCAUUGUUGGUAGCGUUAUUUCGAUAUGGACACUUACAGACAAUUUAAUAAUGUCGAGAUUGAUCGGUCAACGUUUAUUCGUAACGACAUUACUGUUAAUGAGCCUAAUCGCUUCUUUCGUGUCGUUGUUUGGAAUUUUUGGCUUGCUUAAAAAACGAAGGAAUUUUCUAAACAUCUAUGCAUGGUGCUAUUUGUUGUUUCUAUGCGUCAUAUUUAUUAGCGCUAUAAUGAGUUUCCGGAUAUUUGAAGAGAUCAUCAGGAGGAUCCAUACUGACAUGGUCUCCUCCAUCAGACAUUACGAUUCCUUGCCUUCAAGCAAGGAAGCUUGGGACAACACUCACAGAUAUUUGAAAUGUUGCGGAAUAAAUUCCUCGAAUGACUGGGCUAAAUACUCCAUCGACAUUCCGAAAAGUUGUUGUUCCAGGAGCAUCGAAGAAUGCUUACAGAUGACACAUGAUGUAUCCUAUGAAUCAGGAUGUCUGAAAAAUGCAGUUCUUUUACUGAAGUCUCACGUUCAUGCAAUCAGUAUAUCAACUGUGUUACUAUUUUUAAUUGCAGUAAGUGUAAUCAUCGUUCGCGCCUAAAAUAUUGCUCACAAUUGAAGUUAUUUUAAUUUUGCAGUUAUUAAAUUUCCUUCUCGCGAUGUGUAUCCUUGCCAGAAUGAAUUGAAAAAAGAAAAAGAGAAUAAAGUCCUACAUUGCAUCCAAGUGUACAAAGAGACAUUUUGGUCAUUAAUGGAGAAGGGUUGGACGUAGUUCAAUUAGACGGUUUUCCAUCCAAUUACAGAUAUAUUAUAUCAUAGCAAACAUCGUGACUAUUUACAAUAAAUACAGUCGAUUAGAUUAUAUAAAUAAAAUAUAUCGUAUCGUAUUAGUUUAGGUUUACAGCAACACGUGACAGUAAACAAUUAGAUCAGCGGCAAAGUAGCGUAAUCUACUUUUAGGGUAGUGGUCGUAGUAGCUGCAGCAUGACAGAUUCUGCACAUUCAUUCUCUCUCUCUCUCGCUCUCUCUUACUUCGUUCUUAACUUUCGUUCUCUCUUUCAUUCUUUCCUCUCGAUAAAUCACUCUCGUUCUAACGCGUGCUCAAACUUCUGUGCUGUUCCUGAUUACCUCGACCUUAACCCUCCUGCACCGUUCAGGUUAAAUUAACCCGAAAUAAUUACAAUUGUUAAAAUAUUCGUUAUUAAGCAUACGAUCGACAAAUUUUCAACUGAAAAUUAUGAAAUUAGUAUCUUGGAUUAUUAGUACAAUAUUAAUGCUAUUCAAAGUUGGUCUUUCCUUCUCUUUCAUUAAUUUCAAAGAUAUCGAUUAGCUUCAUCAUUAUCACGGCAGUUAACGUAUUAUUAUUAAUACUCCCAAAUUGUUUAAUUCUGUUACGGAUCGAAAGAUAUUCAAUAUGAUAACAAUUUUAACGGUGCACAAGGGUUAAAAAAUAAAAUAUAAAAAAAAAAGAAAAAGUACGAGGUUUCGCUUCGCGAGAAUUCGAGUAAUAGACACCAUAUGGUCCGACGACGGAUUCACCAAACUCGGCCACAUAUUACACGUAUCAUUAAUCAUUGUUUCACGUCAUUUCGCGUACGAUCCCGUGGUUGUUAAUAAUAAUUGAUGCGAUAAUAGUUAAAUAGUAAUGAUGAUCGAAACCGUUCGGUGAGACACGUCUCGAGCUGUUCUACCCCGUUAAUUCCAGAAGUUUAUUUAUAUUUAUAUUUAUAUAUAUAUAUUUAUUUAUUUAUACGUAUAUUUAUAGAUUUAUAUUUAUAAUUGUAAUUCGCGAAUCGAACGCCUGCUUCUAUUUAGAAAGUUUUUAGCGAAACGAGACGAAACUUCACGGAAGUUAAGAGAGCGAAACCCAUUCACUCUUUUGUAAUCCUGUUUCAUUUUUUUAAAUUUUUUUUUAAAUUUUAAUUCUUUCCUGUCACUUCUGUUCCUUUUUUCUAUAACGAUAAUUAGAUACUCGAAGAAGUACAGUUAGGACUGACUGAUUCUUGAGACCCUGCACGUUGAAUCCGUCUUUUAAAAUCAGCUGGCACUGAUUCGCUUAAUAAUUUGACACGCUCGAUACUUUUCUCUUUCUUUUUCUCUCUCUUUGUCUUUUCAAAAAUAGUCAAUUAUCCUUUGAACGCCAUUGCCGAUUCAACGGUAAUAUAUGGUUACAGAUUACGAAUAAAUGGGAAUUUUGGAUGAGGAAGCUGGAAAGGGUGUUUCUGGAUGGGAGUCAGUAGAUUCAGAGUGUUUAGAUCAGACCUUUCCGUGUCAUUAGAAAAAUUUCUAUCAAUUGUGAUUCAGACCUACAAAAUUAUACAAUUAUGCAUCGACUAAAAUGAGGCAUUCGAAUUUUCAAAUAAAAAACUUUCAUAUAUUGAAAAAAUAAUAACUAAAAAAUAGUAUAAAAUUGUCAGUUUUAAAUUAAAAUUUUUCACUUGCCACUUAAAUUUGUAGUAUCUCUAAUGACCUCUCCCAUUGCAAAAACAAAUUUUUAAAAUCAAAUUUGAAAAAUUAAUGUACAGGAAACGGUCCAAUUCAAGUAUCAAGUUGUUGCAAAUGAAAUGACCGAUUUAUUCAGAAACUUUCAACAUCUGUAAUCGUUCCAACAACACGAAUCGUUCAAAAUUACUUUUCUGCCUUGUUUUGUCAAUUUUACAAGCUGAAGAUUUAUACAAUUCACGGAAUCGUGUUAGAGGUGAUUAACGCCAUGUCAACCAGCACCAUGGAAAAGAAAUGUAGAACGAAGGAUAUUGUUUGACCAUGGGAGUCGUUUUUGGAAAGAUCUGGUUUAGAUGUCCACGUGUCUAAGAGCUGUGAUUCGAUCAUCAACGAUCUUUAGGUCCUUUUUCAACGUUUCGUCCUUUCACGAAAAUUCGAAUAACAUUGGCAGCAUAAGUCGGAAGGAAACGCGAAAGGACAAACAUUAUUUUUUUUCUUGAAGAAAGAACGCGAUUCAAAAUUGUUCAUGUGCGAUAUUUAAAAAAAAAAAGAGAGCAUUUUUAACCUCGUUUGGACCACUUUCAAGGAUCGGUGUAUAAUGUUGCUCUAAACACUCGUUCAAGUCAAAAAUACGUCACGAAGCUUUCCUAUAUUAUUUCUCUUUCUCUUUUUCUUUCUUUAUAUAUAUAUAUAUAUAUAUAUAUAUAAUUUUUUUGUUCUUUUAUACACACAGUGUAAGAAGAUAAUUCUUUUUUCAUUUUUUUCGUUUUCUCAUCUAUCCAGACAGUAAUGUCGUUGUGAGA